AUGAAGUCCAUCUUUAGUGGUUUCCACUAUGACUCCAGCACAGAUAAGGAGCUCCACACACCACCGUCUUCCUUGCCUCCGCCAACUCCACAUGUUCCGAUCGAUCCCGCGACUGCCAUGGUGGUUUACCAGCCUCGCGAGGAGUCUGUCACUGCAUCUCCGACUCAGGUGGAUCAGAAUCCCUCGCCUUCUCACGGGAAUCAAGAGACCUGCGACUCCUCGUCUUCUGCGCCAAGAGAGGUGACUUCUCGAUUUCCGGUGGUAGAUCUUACCGGUGAUGUGCCUGUACCUGCCCUGCCAUCUCAAGGAGUCUCAUCCCGUCUACGCAAAAGACAACCGCCUGCUGAUCUCGACAGUCGUGACUCCAAGCGCCCAUCUCUCCACAGAGAUAAGGGCACCGCAUCUCGAGGAGCUUCGUCAAAGGAUUUCGAGGCCAAACGGUUCAUCUCCUCAGAGGCUGUUCGACGUUAUGGGUUCUUUGUCUCUCGAACGCUCGCUCCAGAGGUCUGUUAUCCACUAGAUGCUGUAGACAAGGCUAGGGAGUUCAUAGACAAAGCUGGGCUGCUUAAAACCAUUACUCAGAUUGGCUCGUACGACUCCGAGGUGGUCUAUGAAUUCUUGGCGAAUCUCCCAACGGUCAAGAGUGAGGGGGAGUCUGUCGAUUUGCUUGUCCGAGACUGGACUUGUGAGUUCUCUCCAUGCCGUAUCAAUGUCCUGUUUGGUCUGAGGUCUAUGGAUGUGCGUGAACAGCAACUGCAGACGGCUGCAAUUCUGGAGGAGGAUCUGGCUCUGUUUCUCUCGGAUGGAAAGGUCAAACCCUGCAAGCAGCUGGUAUCCACUGCAAUCAAGAACCCGGUGAUCAAGGAUCUGUAUCGGAUCUGCUGUAGCAACUGGUCUCCCACGGUAAAUACUAGGUACAUCUCGACGAAUAGGGCUCUCGUGAUCUACAUGAUCAUGCAUGGGAUUUCGUUCGAUUUUGGACGGAUGAUCUACAACCAGAUCAUUCAACUGGGGUUGCAAGCUCAGUCUGGCUUCCGGUUGCCGUUUCCCAGUCUCAUCUAUCAGUUGCUGACUGCUCAGAGACCUGUUCCUAGUUUGUCAUCAAAAGAUGCAAAGAAGGCAAAGGGGAAGAAGACAGCAUUCGUCCCUGUUGAACCUGUUUCUCCAAAAGGGUCCUCUGCAGAACGCAAAGCCAUCCGGGUUGCAAUCAAGAUCCUGCAAGAUGCCUUAGAAGCUGGGUUGAUGCUGCGGUUGCUUGUGUGGCAAGAUUCAGUCAAAAAGGGGGAGAUUGAAAGUGCAUCAGAGCUCUGA